AUGGAGGCUCCAGAAGGUUCUGAGAUGGGACCCUCCACUCGAAGCUGGCUGCUGGCCCGUGCCAGCCGCUGUGGCCCCCGGGUGUGUUUGUGUGUGUUUUCUAUGAGUGCAUUGGGCUAUAUGUUUACCAGGCCAGGCGCAUACCAGUCAGGAUGGUCAUGGGUGCUGGACAUCAGCACAGCUGAACCCCAUCGGCCCACCGACCUCUGCCUGCAGAGGUUAUGUCCAGUGGUCAUGCCUGGAGUGUGCCAAGGUGAGGCUUCUGUGUACCUGCGUGAGGUUAUAUCCACACAUGCUUGUGAGCACGCCACAUCCAGAGGGCAAUUCAGUGUGAUAGGACCAAGUGAACCAGUCAUCGCCUUAGUUGGGAAAGAUGCUGUAUUGUCCUGCAACCUUAAUCCAGCGAUAAAUGCUGAGGACAUGGAGGUGAAAUGGUACCGAAACCAUUCUUCAGGUCUGGUGCAUCAUUAUGGUACUUCCCAGGACAAUACAGAGCAGCAGAUGCCAGAGUACCGAGGAAGGACAGAGUUUCUGAAGAAGAAUAUCACCAAAGGGCAGGCAGCCCUGAGAAUCCAUUCCAUCCUCCCUUUUGAUGGUGGGCAGUAUAGAUGUUUCUUUGAAAGCUCCAAAUACUACGAUGAUGCAAUUUUUGAAGUGUUGGUUACAGGCUCAGGUGCCACUCCUCAUGUUCACAUUGAAACUGCUAAUGAGAAGGAAGUUAAGCUCACCUGUACAUCCUCAGGGUGGUACCCAGAGCCUGAGGUACAAUGGAGGGGUCUACAAGGAAAGGAUUUGGCACCAGACUCUGAAAUAAAGACAAGAGAAGAAAAUGGACUGUUUCGUGUGGAAACAUCUAUAACAGUGGAUGCAAGCCCAGGAGGAAACGUGUCCUGUCUCAUAAGGAACCCAAUCCUCAGUGAGGUGAAGGAAAUGCACAUUCCUGUGACAGAUGCCUCGUUCCCCAGCAGCAAUCUCUGGAUAAAGGUGCUUGCUGUGCUCCUGGCUGUUGCUGUAGUUUUGGGUGUUGUGUAUGCUGUGCUUACUAGGAGAACCAAAGGUUUACACAAGAAAAUGUAUGGUCAAUUCCAUGUGAAUGGACCAACAGAACCAGUCAUUGCUGUAGUUGGGGAAGAGGCUGUGAUAUCCUGCAAUCUUAACCCAAUCAUGGAUGCUCAGAACAUGGAGGUGAAAUGGUACCGAAACCAGCCUCCAGGUGUGGUGCAUCAUUAUGGUGCUUCCAAGGAUCAUAUGGCACAUCAGAUGUCUGAGUACAAAGGAAGGACAGAGCUUCUGAUGGAGAAUAUUGCCAAAGGGCAGGUGACCUUAAGGAUCCAUUCCAUCAAACCUUCAGAUGAUGGGGAAUAUAAGUGUUACUUUGAAAGCUCCGAAUACUACAAUGAGGCACAAUUUGAAGUGUUGGUCACAGGCUCAGGUGCUGCUCCUCAUAUUCACAUUGAGCCUGGUAACACUAGGGAAGUUAAGCUCACCUGUACAUCCACCGGGUGGUACCCAGAGCCUGAGGUACAAUGGAGGGACCAACAAGGAAAGCGUCUGACACCAGGCUCUGAGACAAUUGCACCAGAAAGAAAUGGACUAUUUCAUGUGGAAACAUCUAUAACGGUGGAUAAAAGUUCAAGUGGAGUCAUGUCCUGUCUCAUAAGGAACCCAGUCCUCUUUGAAGAGAAGGAAGCACACAUUUCUGUGGCAGCCUUUGGUGCUGUCUACACUGUGCGAGUUAAAGGUUCAUUCAAGAAGGAGAAUGCUGCACAAAUCUUGGCUACCACACAAGUGAACUCAGAGGACAACACGGCUUCUGACAGCCACUACCUGAUUGUGAUCGAUGAAAUCAAUAAAGAACUUGACCGAAGAAAAGAGAUAGGAGUGGAGGGUUUGAAAAGAGCUCAAGAACAUCUGCACUUCUUCCCUUCAAAUGCACUGGACACUUUCCUGCUUCUUGAAAACACUGACAUCAUGGACAAUGGUUUAGGAUGA